AUGACAGACGAUUUGAUAGGGAGCUCAACGGAGAAGGGAACCGACGCCAUAGUGGUCCUCCGAAUGCAAGGGGAGGAUACUCUGAUCGUCCUAACUCUGCGGGUCAACACAAACGGCGUGGGGGCUCCAUCAACAGAGGACGAUCUGGAACAACUAUACAGGAGUCUGAGGAGGGAUCUGCAUUACAAUGGGGACCUGGUCAGAAACAUCAUCAUUGACUGUGCCGUGGAGCUGUCGCCAAAGACUGCUGUGUAUGCAACUCUGGUUGGUCUCCUUAACACAGAUGAUCAGGAUUUCACGACAGAUCUGAUCCAAUCUGCCAAUGAGCAGUUCAAUGUGGUGUUGGCCGCUGGCGACAAGAAUCGCGCCAGGCUACUGCUGCGAUUCUUUGCAGCGCUGGUUGUGGCCAACGUUCUGCAUGCAUCCUCUGUUCUGGCAGCCCUUUUGUCCGUCGUGGAUGCUGCCAGCGCCAUUGCUUCUGCCGGUGGCGGCGGGGACAGCGGACGUCUGUGGCAGCCAUACACGGACUACCUUGUGUACGCGGCCCUCAUGGCCCUGCCUUGGGGCGGCGCUGAGCUGGCGGAGAGCGCACCCAGCGACCUGGAGCGCCUGUUCGGGGGCGUCGAGGCGUACAUGGCAGCCCGGCCGCGUGCCUCGCAGCCGGCGCUGCGCCCUUUUCUGCGGCCCAAAGACGCCGAUGACAUCCCGGCGCAGUCCGACAGCGGCGGCGCCAGCUUCCUCGGCCAGGUGUGGGAGGCCGUUCAGGAGCUGCGCAGCGGCGGGAAGUGGUCGGUGGAUGCCAUCCGCCAGGUGGCGCCCGCGUUCGAGGCCAAGCUGGCCGCCGGACAGCCGCACGACCUGCCCGCGCUCACCGUGCCCCCCACACCGCCAGGCGUGUCUGGAACCGCCGCCCCCAUGGAGGCUGCGGCGUCGGUGUUGGAGCUGUUUCCGCCCCGAGGCAUCAUCCGGCUGCUUCCAGCAGAGCACACGGAGCUGGGGACACUGAAAGUGGAGCGGCUGGUGGCAGAGGAGUAUAUAUUGGACACCAUUCACUUCUUUGAGGCCGACCGGGUGGAAUGCGCCCGCCGCCUGGCCAAAGGCCUGCAGCUGCCCGGCAAGCACGAGUCGCUGCUGGCUGAGAUGCUGUUCUCCCAGAUGCUGAGGGUGCCCCAGCCGCAGCUGAAGCCCCUGGCAUACUCCACCCUCAUGGUGGAUGUGUGCAAGCUGAUGGCGACAUUCCCUCGCUCCAUGAGUGCGUGCGUGCGCGAGUGCUUUGCGCGCAUGGAUGUGAUGGACCCGGAGCUGCGCAUGCGCCUGGCCGACUGGCUGGCCUACCACCUGUCCAACUUUGAGUUCAUGUGGCCCUGGGACAAGUGGAAGCACGUCCUGGACAUGCCCCCCCACAACAGCCAGAGGCGUUUUGUGGUGGCGACGCUGUCAAAGCUGGUGCGGCUGUCGUACCGGUCACGCAUCCAGAGCGUCAUCCCGCCGGCCUUUGUGCCGCUGCUGGCCGCCGACAAUGACGUGCUGCCGCUGCCGGGGCCGCCUGAGCUCGCGCCCGAUGCCGACGUCGACGGCGCCCACGAAGAUGAGCGCGAUGCUGAGACCGUCCGAGCCUACCAGCUGCUGCAGAUGGUGCGGCACAAGGUGGUGAGCGAGGGGGUGCUGGAGUGGGUGGAGGAGGAGCAGCUGCGGCAGGAGCUGGGCGGCGGACUGGGAGUGCUGCGCAUGCUGCUGCGUGGGUACCUGGUCGCGGGCGCCAAGUCCUUCACGCACAUGAUCACCGCCCUGGAGCGCUACUGCACCACCCUGCAGGCCCUCCUGCACGAGACCGGCCACGAGGCGCGCUCCCCUGCCUCAACUUCAUUUGUUUGCAAUAAUAGCGGGGGGAUCCUUCAGGGGGAGGUGGCGUUGGUGGACGUGACGGCAAAGGUGUGGGCCAACGCGCCGCAGCGGGCGGCGCAGGUGAUCGACCGGCUGAUGGCGCUGCGGCUGGUGAGCGGCGCGGCCAUCGUGGCCUGGGUCUUCGGCUGCCCCGGCGUGCGCACUCUCGCUGACGAGCUCUCCACGGGCCUCGCCUGGGAAGUCUUCUACAACGCCGUCAACAAAAUGCUCGCCCGCACCCAGGACGCCCGGGACGAUCUGUCGGAGGCGCAGGCGGAGUCGGACGCGGCGGGGGCGCGCGCUCGGGAGGCGGCCGAGGCCUUCAGCCGCGCCGGAGAGGGGGAGGACACGCCGCAAGACCUUGCUGAGCGCCUGGCGCAGGAGGAAGCCGCCGCCGGCAGUGUCCUUGCCGAAACGCAGGCCCAGGUGGAAGGCAGGCAGGCGGAUCUGGAUGAAGCUGUGCAGCUGCAGGAGGCCCUGCUGCUCCAAGUCUUCACCAACUUCAGGGACAUCCUAUUGGAAGGACACGCCGAGCUGGGAGCCUCUGCAGCUGAGCCUGCAAGUGGAGAAGAGCCUGACCCAUCAGCCAUAGGAGCGACGGAGCAGCAGGAUGCAAAGCACGCAUGGUAUGCAUUCAUGCUGGCAACUCUGCAGUCCUUCACAAGGAGGUACUACAAGGCGGUGGCGUCCAUAGCCGGUCAGGUGGAAGAUGACCUCUUCCAAGGCGAUGCAGUGCCGGAGGAUGUUCGCACAGCCAUUGUGGAGAGCCUGCACCUUUAA